AUGUCCAACCACCGCCCCACCCUCGAAAGCAAACGAGGCAAGCGGAUCGCCAUUGAAAACCUGAUCCAGCAUGCUCGGAAUCAGCCUCAGCACCAAACACUCAAACGUCGUCACGUGAGCGAUGACGAAGAUGAAGACAAUGACUCCCUGAGUGAGGAUAGUCAUCAGCAGCGCGUCAAGGGUGGCGAUCUCCUGGUGGUGGAUGGCUACGGUACUAGUUCGGAUGAAGACGAUGAUGAGGUUGAUUUGUCUAAGCGAGAUCAACAGGAAGCGGGCCUGGCUAGUGAUGGGGUCCUGAGUGCGGACGAAGGAGAAGAAGAGGACGAAGACUCGAGUCUGGACGAUGACGAGGAAUUAAUCCGUUCGGAACUUGCACGUACUCAAAGUGAGCGUCGAGAGGUGGUGGUGGCUUCACCAACUACUACCAAAAAGCUGUCGUGGCGGUCUACUCCGUUCAAAAAGGCGAAAACCACUACUUCAUCAAAUGGCGACGAUUUCCACACUUCGGUGAUCGAUACUAAGAGACAUCGUGAUUUCAUGGCCAAAUACAUUCGGUAA